AUCCACGCACCAAUGCAUUAACAGCUGUCAAAGCAAGCUGCCGGCCAAUUGGAAGUGCGUAUCGGCUUUUAUCGACUAUCGAAAUUCUGUUUGUAAACUGUAUAAAAAGCAUAAUUUGCGCCCGACUGACUCAUUUCCAUAAAGUUGCGGUUGAUUAUUGCCGGCUAAUAGCAUAUUAAGCAGCACAUCCCGAGUCCUUGCAGCUGAAAUGCUGGCACGCAAUCUGCGCCGGUUGACCUGCUUAAGGACAACAUCGACGUCCUCGUCUAUGUUGAAUCCGAACAAAGCAAAAAUUGUUCCAGAACAACUGAGUUUAUUAGUCGCCGCAUACAGAAACCUUUCAGUAUCAAUUAUUUGCAACUCGCCCCCCAAGACGCAAAGUACAACAAACGCAGUAGCCAAGAUGUCGGACGAAGACUAUAAAUCAGCAGGUUCAGUUUACGACUUCACCGUAAAAGACAACGCUGGGAAUGAUGUAAAACUUGACAAGUACAAGGGACAUCCCCUUCUCAUUGUCAACAUUGCGUCCAAGUGUGGACUCACCAAGAACAACUAUCAGAAAAUCACACAAUUAAAAGAGAAGUACUACGAACAGGGUUUGAGAAUUCUAUCGUUUCCAUGUAAUCAGUUUGGUGGGCAGAUGCCGGAAGCCAAUGGGGAGGAAAUGGUUUGCCAUCUAAGAGAUGCUAAGGCGGAUGUUGGAGACGUUUUUGCAAAGAUAAACGUUAACGGAAAAGAUGCUGAUCCUCUCUACAAGUAUCUGAAACACAAACAAGGAGGCACUUUGGGUGAUGCGAUCAAGUGGAAUUUCACUAAAUUCUUGGUAGAUAAAAAUGGACAGCCAGUGAAGCGCUACUCUCCCACAACUGAUCCCAUGGAUAUUGCCCAAGAUAUUGAGAAAUAUUUAUAAAUUGUUAAACACUUUUAUCAAAUGCAUUAUUCUAUCUUACUAUCAUUCAUCACUAUGUUAUUUGCUUGGGAACGCAUGUUGUUUUCAAUUAUCUAUCUGGUAUAUGUGAUUUUUCAACGUAUAUAUGUAUCUGAAUAAAAAUAAAAGUCGCUUCUAAGUUA